GCUCAUUCUUUUCUCGAAAAACCAAACCACAGCCAGAUUUCUUUACGAAGUGCUUAGCUUUGUAGAAAAUCGCACCUCGAUUUAUUCGAUUGAAAGUUUGCGUUGAUUCUCGACAACAUAUUUUGCUUUGAAACCAUCAGUGUUCGUAUUUGAUUACAAGACUUCUUUAACCUUUUCUCUUUCAUUUGAUUUGUUCUUCCCGAGACUACAAUCACUCAAAAUGGGCAAAGGCGGCAAAGGAAAGGGCGGCGUGGCCAAGGGCGGAAAGAAGGGCGGUGACGGCAUAUGGAUUGUAAAAAUGUCUGGGUCUGGAAACUUGUGAUGCUGCUUGGCGAAUGAUUAGGGUGCCGCAAUUGCCGUUUCAGCAUGACAAGUUUCUGGUGUGGUCGGUAUAGUCUAUUCUGCAUGACACACUGCGCUUCCGCAUGACAGAAAAGUGAGGCUCUUAGGUAACGCGCAUGACAGACUUGAGAGUCAUGCUAGCCGAGCAUGACAAAUCUUGCAUUCUUCCAGACCCAGACAUUUUUGCAUUUGAUACGGCAAGGGAAAGGGCAAGGGCGGCGGCAAGAAGGGCGGCAAGGGAGGAAAGGGUAAGAAGGGCGACGGCAAGAAGGGCGGCGGCAAGAAGCCCGCCGCCGUGGUGGUGAAGCCGCACGAGCGGUUCGAGCGGGUGUACAUUGCGUCCGCAAAGGAUGACUCCAUGGUGACCAAGAACAUGGUUCCCGGGGAGUCCGUGUACGGCGAGAAGCGGAUUUCCGUCGACUCCGAGAAGCUGGUGGCCGGCACCGACAAGCCGGAGAAGGUGGAGUACCGUGUGUGGAACCCGUUCCGGUCCAAGCUCGGCGCGUCCAUCGUCGGGGGAGUGAAGAACAUGCCGAUCAAGGAGGGCAGCAAGGUGAUCUACCUCGGCGGCGCCUCCGGAACGACCGUUUCCCACGUGUCCGAUAUGGUGGGCCCGACGGGUGUCGUCUACGCCGUGGAGUUUUCCCACCGAUGCGGGCGGGAACUCACCAACAUGGCCAAGAAGCGACCCAACGUGGUCCCGAUCGUGGAGGACGCGAGGCAGCCGCAGAAGUACCGAAUGCUGAUCGGCAGUUGCGACGUGCUGUUCGUUAUGAAAUGCAAAAGCAUCGUACUAGUAGAAAUCGCAUGACAAAUAAUUCCCUCAGCAUGAAAAAUGGAAUUUGUAAUGCGGAUUUAGGUUAACAAGGAGAUUUGUAAUGCAUGACUGCGAUUACUACGAGUGCGAUACUUUUCCACAGCAUAUUCGCCGACGUGGCCCAGCCGGAUCAGGCCCGAAUUUGCGCGCUGAACGCGAUAUCAAAUGUAAAAAUGUCUGGGUCUGGAAGAUUGCCAUCUUUGUCAUGCGUAUUUGCAUGACUCCUCAAGUCUGUGAUGCAUGCCCUAGCAUCACAGAUUUUUAGAGGGCUUCCUGAAGCCUAUUCCGCAUGACAAAUGCUCUUUCCAUGAUGCAAAAUUUGGACUCUCUUUGCUGCUCAUGCAAUACAGAUUUUCUUAGAAUCCAAAAUCAGCAUGACAAGUUGGAUUCUUCCAGACCCAGACACUUUUACAGUUGAUAUGCGAGCUACUUCUUGAAGAACAACGGGUGGUUCAUCAUCUCCAUCAAGGCCAACUGUAUCGAUUCCACCGCGUCCGCAGAGGCGGUGUACGCGUCCGAAAUCGACAAGAUGAAGAAGGACAUGAUGAAGCCGAAGGAGUAUUUGACGCUGGAGCCGUUAUGCAUUGCAAAAGUAUCGUACUCGUAUAAAUGCAUCACAAAUUUCCUCAGCGUGAGAAAUAAAAUUUGUAAUGCGGAUUUAGCUUAAGAACAAGAUGACUUGUAGUGCAUGUUUGCAAUUACUACGAGUGCGAUACUUUUGCACAGCAUAGCCGUACCACCGCGACCACGCGGUCGUCGUCGGGGUUUACCGGGGAGAUAAGAAGAAGAAGGACGAGAAGUGAAUACGAGUUUGAUUGGAGUUGAACAUCAUCGAUUUUUUUCUUGUAGUACCGGACACAGGAAAGAUGACGCGACGACAACAAGCUACUACCAUGCAUAAAGCCAAAAAUUGAAAAAACCAAAAAAAAACUACUACGAACAGCAAAACUUUUUACGAAACACAUCAUGCACGACUCGCUUCUAGAGGAGAACAGCUGGAUUGGCUGCCUAUAGAAAGGAUUUCUUACAGUUACAACUAAGGAUCAUUCUAAACGUGAAAAUCUUCACGAUGCAACUAUUUUUACGAUGGAUUUUUUCAAAGCACAAAACGGAAGUUGUAUGUUGAGAUUGUGUUUGUACCCGUAUCAUGGCCUUGCGUCUGAUUGCCAUGGUGAGAAGGCCAAGGUCGUGAUCGAACAAACCGAUUUUUAUCACCGCUUCUUGUUUUUGAACACAUUUACUUCGGAGAAUCAUUUUACGCGCAAACGAACACACUUAACGAAAGCUGUACUACUUUUUUUACAAAAAAACGAAAAAAACAAAAAAAAUUGAAAACCCCUGUUUUUCAACGGAUUUAUGAGAUGAGGAAUGUAGUAGAUGAAGUUACACAACGCGGUCACGUCACGCAGAGCUCGGGAAGUCCUCCGAAUGGUGUUGGGUUCCUAGAACAACGUAAUGAAGGCCCUGCGAGAAAGAUGGCGCCAUACACUGCAACGGAGGCGGGGACGACGCAAAGGUAUACUUCGUGCCACUUCACUUUCUUUGCUUCUUGUUUUUUGUGCGCAUACAAACACUCGUCCGUAUGAUUUGUUUUUUCAUCUUGACAUGCGAAAAUCAAAUGUCAUCUUGACGAUUCCCAAUCUCUUCCCGAAAAUCAAAACCAGGUUGGGUAACAAACGCCGGCUCUAGUGGCGUGUCACGAUUGGAGAAAGACCGCUGGUCUGAAAACACAUCAAACAUGACAACCGAGAAAGAAGAGAAGGAAAGCCGAAAGAAUCGAUAACUACACUUCUUGCGGCAGGAGCACAGCUUUGUAUGCGAGCUCAUAGCUGAUGCAAUGACAUCACUAGACUCACUUACAAGAACUGCGCGCCGGAAUGAAUUAGAAUUUCCUAAACUCGUCUACAUGCUUCAUUUCUUUUCGUUGAUUCAUAAGCAGCUCCCAAGGUUCUA